GGGUAUCCCCUUCACUAAUUGUAGUGAGCCCUCUCUUCUCUAAAACCCCGAAAACUCCAGAACUCUUCAAAACCCUAGCCAUGGCGCUGAACUCUCUCCGCCUCCGCCGAACCAUAAGCGGUCUCUCCACCCUCCAUCGCUCCCUCUCUGCAACCUCCGCACUCUCAGCUCCACACUCCUUUUCCUCUCCUCUGCUUCCCGCCUCCACGUCCGAAAAGUUCCCUGCGCUGCCGCCACAGUCCUGGAGGCUCCUCCUCCAGUCUCGGACGUUCAGGUCGUCGCCGUUCUCUUCCGCGCGACCGAAUUCGUACGGCAACAACCAAAAUGACGAGAUUGGCCCGGAUACGAUACUGUUCGAAGGGUGUGACUACAACCACUGGCUGAUCGUCAUGGAUUGCCCGAGGGACAACAAGCCUCCGGCUGAGGAGAUGAUCAGGAAUUAUGAGGAGACUUGUGCUAAAGGCUUGAACAUCAGUGUGGAAGAGGCAAAAAAGAAGAUUUAUGCUUGUAGCACUACAACAUAUACAGGCUUUCAGGUUGUGAUGUCUGAGGAAGAGUCACAGAAGUUUGAAGGUUUACCUGGAGUAGUUUUUGUGUUACCGGAUUCUUACAUUGAUCCACAGAACAAGGAAUAUGGAGGAGACAAAUACAUUAAUGGUACAAUCAUACCAAGACCACCCCCAGUUCAGUAUGGAAGGCAGCAGGGUGGAAGAUUCCGUGAUAAUAACAGGAACCGUGACCAACAAAGAUAUGAUCAGCAACGACCAUCGUAUAAUCCGCAAGGCAAUCCCUCCUAUAAUCAACAGGGUCCUAUGCGAGGUGGAGGGAACUAUGCAGCAUCACAAAAUUAUAGCUCACCAAGACAAGGAGAGAACACAGGUCCUAUUCCAGUGAAUACCGCUGGAGGGAGGGAUGCAUAUCAGCCAGGUGGAGAACCAGUACCUUCAUAUCAGGGCAAUUACGACCAAGGAGGGCAGCAAAGUUAUCGCCCCCAAGAACAAAGGAACUUCCCACAAGGACAUCAGAGGAAUUAUGCCCCUCCUGGUCAGCAGGGAUUUAGGGGAGAUAACAGGAAUUAUGGUCCCCCACAUUCUGAUACUGAUGGGCAAGGUUUGAGUGGAUUUCAAGGCCAGGGAACACCUGGAGCUUAUGCGCAAGGACCGAGCUCUGGAACUUAUGAGCAACGACCAAGCUCUGGAGCUUAUGGGCAAGGACCGAGCUCUGCAGCUUAUGGGCAAGGACCGAGCUCUGCAGCUUACGGGCAAGGACCAAGCUCUGCAGCUUAUGGGCAAGGACCGAGCUCUGCAGCUUAUGGGCAAGGACCAAGCUCUGCAGCUUAUGGGCAAGGACCGAGCUCUGGAUCUUAUGGCCAAGGACCGAGUUCUGGACCUUAUGGCCAAGGAACGGCAUCUGGUAAUGCAAAGGGAUACCCUGCACAUGGAGGAGAUGAGAGAUUCCAACAAAGCAACUCUGCACCCAUGGAACAUACAGGGAUUGACCAAGGGAAAAAUUAUUAGCGACAUGCCAGUGCCACUCAAGACAAGACGAUGCACGAAGGGAUGUAGGAAGACUGAGUUAUAGUCAUGUUUACUCAUGUUUGAUCUGAUGAUAAGGGAGAUUAUCUGUCCUUCUGAAGUCUUUCGAUGGUAAAUAUCCUCUUUCGUAGUGAAAUGAGUCGGGAAGCUCCCUUGCAUUAUCAAGUAGUGCUUAUCUUGUUGUACUCGUUUCUUGAAAAUGAUAAUUGAUAACGACAAAGACAACAUUUGUUAUAUCACAAAUUUUGAAGUAUGUUUUGUUUCAAACCAA